CCCCUCCUCCUCGCGCUCUUGUGCAGACUCCCCGCUCGCGGCGCAGCUGAGCGCGCGGCACUGCGGGACCCCAGCGCCGAGCCUCGCGCAGUGAUGGCCUCGACUGUGCAGCUCCAUCCAGACCCCCGUCUUGACGACUGCGAAUAGAGUGCUCACGCACACACACACUUAUUGGACAGCUGCAACUCACACACACUCACACACACACACACACACACACACCACAGAAGCAGCAUGUAUAGUGUGGAGGACCUGCUCAUCUCGCAUGGAUACAAGCUGCCCCGGAAGCACAGUCCUCCUCCGGCUCCACGCAGAGCCCCAGGGGAAGGGGGCCCGCCGUACGGCUACCCCAGCCGAAGCAGCUCCGCUCUGGGCUGCCUCACAUCGGCGUCGGGCUCCAACUCCAGCAGCCAGAGGGACCUGGCACACUCUCAUGGGCGAUCAGUGCUCGCUGACCCUGGGUUCUAUGAUACCCACCGUGGCGUGUACGUGCAGCCCCACAGCAGUGACCGGGGCAUCGCCUAUUGGAAGCGGCGCGGACAGGACUUCAGCGCGCUGCUGGACUACGCCGACGGGCGCGUGCCCAUGGGCAUGCAGCGGGCCGAGGGCCGCGGCUCCCUGAGCGCCCGCGAGCGCGAGCUGGCCCUGCAGCAGUGGAGGCUGGCGGCGGAGCGGAGGCAGCAUGGCGAGCCGGGCGCCGAGAGGUGGGCACAGCAACCGCAUCAGCAUCCGCAGCAUCAGCAGCAGCAAUACCAGCAGGAGCAGCGGGCACAGCAGCCGCGCCGGCCUCGGACAGCAGAGGGCGCCGUGCCGCCCCGGACCAAAGCCAAGUCGCAGUCGCUGCCCCGCAUGGCCCUGCCCUCGCCCACUCCGCCGCCGCCCCACGGGGGUCGGUCCUGCCUGAGCGCUGGACCCUCCAGCCUGCAGCUGCACGAGGGCAGCGUGUGGAUGGGCAACCCAGCGUCCGUCGGCAACGCCGCCGUUCCGCAGGCCCGCGCCAGGCAGAGCCGGCCUCCGCGGCCGCCCUCGUACGAGGUCCACCAGCAGACGCGCGCCAGCAGCGACGGACCCAUGUCCAGAGCGCCGUCGCGGCAGGACUACUGUCCGUCCGAGCCGCCGGGCUACAUGCCCCCGCCGUCCUACCGCAGGCAGCCCAUCAUGGGCGGAGGGCACAGCUACCGGGAGCUGCUGGCGGGGUACAUUAUUCGGGCCUUGCCGAUGCAGGCGGUCUUCCGGUUUUCCGGACGGCCAGGGCCUUGGCGUGGUGCAGUAUCCCGUUCGGCGACCCAGCGCGUCGCGUCGCGUCAUCUCGCCAGUGGCCUGCUCACCGACGCCGACAAGAUCCGCAACAUCCAGAACGAGAUCCCCGGCAUCACCGUGUCGGAGCAGUCGCCGGACGACAGCGCCUUCCUGUCGCCGCAGGAGUCCAUGGACAGCGCCGACGUCACGCCGCCCUGUCACGCCCAGUGGCCCAGUUACCCCGACAACCUCAGCUCCGCGCCUGACCUGAACCGCAACCCCGGCGAUCUCAACCGCAAUCCGGCCGACGUGACCUCUGACCUCCCCACUUUCGGCGGCAGCGGCGGCAAGCGUCAGCCGGUGAGCUCCCGCCAGAGCUCCAGCUCGGACCAGGGCUUCUCCGAGACCAUCACGCAGGUGAAGAAGUUUGAGCCGGAGGUGGACAGCAAGAAGCCAGCGCGCCGGCGGCAGAAAGAGACCAUGUUCUGCCUGGUGUCAGUGCCCAUCGCACCGCAGGUUGCCCGGGACGACCCGGACCAAAACAACAACAACAAAGCCCCCAGCCCCACUGUGAUGGCCGUGGUGACGCAGCCGAGUAACCAAAGCAACCCCGCUGGAGGCCAACCGGUCGGCGGCGUCCCGGACCCCCAGCACCCCGCUCCCAGCAGCCCCCUGGGCUCCCUCGUGUCCCACGUGGCCCCGCCGCUGUCAGGGGUCAGGGAGCUCGGCCGGGGACCAGUACACCCAACCCAGCACACCCAGACCGGCUCCCCCGAGAUCACCCGCGUACCCCCUCCCUCGUCAUCGUCGUCGUCCCAGCCAGCCCCCGAGGCCCCGUCCUCGGACAGCACCACGGACAGCGGGCUGGGGACAGAUGCUGCCCCCUACAGCCUCCCCAUGAAGGGUCAGCGGAGCAUCAGCCCCUCCAGCACCAGCGCCUUCUCCCGCACCGGUCAGCCCAACCCGCCCGGCGCUCAGCCCAGUCCGACCCGGCUACGCUCCCCACCGACGACACCGCCGGCGCCCCAGCCUUCACCCCGUCGUAACCUGCCACGACCGGCCUCCGCUGGAGGAGGAGGAGGAGGAGGAGGAGGAGGAGAAGUCUUCGGGCAGUUCCUGCUCAAGCCUGUAGGGGCCCGGCCCAUGGGAUACCAUCGGGAGCUGGAGUCCUUCAACAAGGAGAGGCAGAAGGUACAGGGCCCACCACAGGCCAUCGGGAAUAUUCGGAACCCGAACCACACAGGUGGCGGCCGGCGUCGGCGACCGCGAGGCUUCGUUGAAGAAAUGUCCGAGCACAAAGACGAGGUGGACAUGGACAUUAGCCCCGUCGUUGACGACUGGGGCCUCUCGGAGUUGGUGCCCCUCUACAGCCACUCUGCAGCUAACACAAUGGACAGGCAGGACAUCCCCGUUCCUCAGGAGUCAAUGCUAAGGGACGUAGGGCUCACCGUCUACACCCCUCAGCCCCACAAGGGGGCGCCGGAGGAGUCCUUCUCAACUCUAAUGGUGACUGCAGAAACUCAGCCAGCUAGAGCACGCCCAGCCGGGGAAGCCCAGCCCGAACUUCGAGGGAGAGGACACACCUCCGUCACUGUAAGACGGCAGCGGUUCCGGUUCAGCUCGGAGGGACCCACCUUCCUGACUGAGAGCCUGACGGUCUUCUCGCCCGACGGCCAGGGCGAGGAGGAGGACGAGGUGCUGGAGGCCCUGCUAAGCAAGGUGAAGAAGCGUCCGCCCAGUGAAGACCUCAGCCCGCUGUACCAGGUGCAGAGCGCCAGCGGCAUCCCUCAGAACGAGUCCAUCGAGUAGCGCUGCCGCAUACUGGGCAUCUCGGUGCCGGCUGAGUCCCUGGUGUCAAAGGGCCAACGCCUGGAAGGGACAUUAGCCUGUCAGAAUGAGGUGCUGGCAUUGGCUGAACUGGUGUUGACCAAUCAGAGUGAGGAAGAAGUAGAAGAACACCUGCUGUUAGCCAAUGCAGAGAAGUCAGAUGGCGUGGAGAUAGAGGAGGGUCAAGUGAGAAAGAGGCCGGCGGGUGGGGAGAGGAGGGAGGAGAAUGGGGGCAACAAGGGAGAAGUGGAGGAGGAGGAGUAG